AGCAAAGGAACGCCUAGUUGUGCCGUGCUCAUCACUCUGCCUGUUUCAUUGUCAUUCUACCGUGUUCAUCUCUAGAUAGCGAGUGUUUGAUCCCGGUUAAAAGCCAACAAAAAUGUCGUUCAACGACGAUGAGGAGCCUCCUCCGACGAAGCCUGGGCCGGCGAGGCCGGGGGGGAUCACGGGCCUCCCGACGAGGCAAGUGCAGCUCAGCAAGUACCACAACCCCAACGCACCCAUGGCCCCCAACGAUCAGCAGGUGCUGCUCGAGCUCAAGGGCAUCUCCUCCGCCGCGUCCAGAGCACCACUGGACCUCGUCGCCGUCAUUGACGUCAGCGGCAGCAUGGAAGGGGACAAGCUCGAGAAUGCGAAGAAAGCCCUCUGCUUCAUCAUCCGCAAGCUCACCGACCGUGACCGCCUCUGCAUCGUCCAGUUCGACCACGAAGUCACCCGCCUCUGUCCGCUGCGCUGCGCUACCGAGGCCGUCCGGGCCGACCUCGAGGCCCUCGUCUGCGGCCUCAAGGCCCGUGGCGCCACCAACAUCAAGGCCGGCCUCGAGACCAGCCUCCGCGUCGUCAACGAACGCAAGCUCACCGCCGGCCGCGCCGCCAACAUCAUGCUCAUGUCCGACGGCCAGCACAACGAAGGAGACUGGGACCCCAACACGAACUUCGAUCCCCUCAACAUGCCCGUCCACACCUUCGGCUUCGGCAGAGACCACGACUCUAUAAUGCUGGGCGCCAUCGCAAAGAAGAGCCUGGGCGGGGUUUACAACUUCGUCGAUGACAGCGACAAACUCACUAACCUCUCCGAGACCUUCUCCCAGAUCCUGGCCGGCCUCGUCACCAUCAUCGCCCAGGACCUCGAGCUCACUGUCACGCCGGUCCAGGGCGAGGCCACCAUUAAGAAGGUGGACGCCGGGACCUACCAGCUCAACACCUCCAGCGACGGCUCCUCCUCCGUCACCGUCAAGUUCGGCACCCUCUACAGCACAGAGGAGCGCAGCGUCAUCGUCGAACUCGCGCUCAGCGACCGCACCGCCUUCGAUCCGUACCGCGCUGAUGUCGCCGUGGUCCAGUACAGAUUCACCGCCCAGGGCCAGCAGGUGACCUCCAACCCCGAGCGGAUCACCAUAGACCGCAGCUGGAGAAAGCCUGACCCGGACGACGCGCCGCCACAGUUGCUGAACGAGGUGACCCGGCGGCAGCACGCGGACUCGAUCAGGGAGGCGAUGGAGAUGGCCGACGUCGAAAAAUUGGAGGACGCGCGGAGCAAAUUGGCGGAGGCGCUGAAAGCGCUGGAUCGCAUCGUCGACCCAAUGGUGGACAUGCUCCGGAAGGAGCUGCUGAAGCUGCUGGAGCUCUUCACGACGAAGGAAACCUACAAAAAACAGGGCCGCCCCUACGCCAUCUCCUCGCUCGCCUCCCACGGCCGCCAGCGCUCCGCCGCCAGGGGCGACGCCGAGGACGUCUGGCAGCACGCGGACACGAUCAGGGCGGCGAUGAAGAUGGCCGACGGUGGCAAAUUGCAUGAUGCGCGGAACAAACUGGCGGAGGCGCUGAAAGCGCUGGAUCGUAUCGUCAACCCAAUGGCGGACAUGCUCCGGAAGGAGCUGCUGAAGCUGCUGGAGCUCUUCAAGACCAAGGAGACCUACCAAAAACAGGGCCGCCCCUACGCCAUCUCCUCGCUCGCCUCCCACGACCGCCAGCGCUUCGCCGCCAGGGGCGACCCCGAGGACGUCCGGCUCUUCGCCACGCGACGCAUGGAUACCUACCUCGAGCAGGCCAAGCAACUGGACGAGAAACCCGAAGAGAAGCUGCCAUCUGCCGACGACGACGUCCAGGAAGAGCCGGAGGUGUCGCAAGACGUUCCAGACUCGCCCACCAUCGGGGAGAGGAGGACCUUGUCAGUGGCGCUGCGAGUGCUCACGGCGGUGCUCAGCCUGCUGGCGUUCUCGAUCAUGGCCAGCGCAAGGACGUCAGGGCCGUACAGGUACGACGUCGGAGUGAAUGUGAUCGUCUGCUUCUACUCGGUCGCGCAAGUAUUAGUCGAAAUCCGCCGUCUGGUUUCGCCGAUGUUGCGAAGCACCUCAUACUACUGGGUCACCCUCUUCCUCGACCAGGUGUUGGCGUAUCUCCUCAUGUCGGCGUCGUCGGCGGCGGCGUCUCGCAACCGUCUGUGGGUGUCGAGGUUUGGCACGGACCCGUUCAGCAGCAGGAUCAACACCGCGGUGUGGUUUUCAUUCGUCGGGUUCCCUGCGCUGUCUGCCAACGCGCUCAUCUCCAUGGUUAAUCUCUUCAGCAAGAUCUGA